GAUGUUGGGUAAGCCGCCUCAUUCACGUGUUGUAUUUCAAUUUGGUCAUCAACUAGGAACAAUGGAUCAAACAGAAUUCCAAAACAACUAUCGCAUAAUUGUUGAAAAGAUUUUCAACAAUUGGCAGAAUUUACGCUUGGCCGUGGAACAUGGAAUGGGCGGACGCAAUGGACAUCAGAUAGCCAUUGAUAUCAUGGACUAUACCUAUCAGUACUGCAUUGGCAAUGACAAAAUUACUGAAGGUGAACUUCAAGACGUCAUUGAAGAACUGAUGGAUCAAGAAUUCGAUACAAUAUGUGAGGAUGGAUCUGUCUCAGAGAUAUGCAGGCAUUUGCUACGCUACAAAGAGAUGAGCCUUCAAAGCAAAUAUGCGGAGAUCGAGACUGAGUUGAGUAGGCUGCCACAAGGCAAUGUUUGGCUGCGAAAAGAUGUGAAAAUCAACUAUACCCCCAUCGACGAUUCAUCGGAGGAUGAAGGCUCUGAUGAAUCAACAGAUGGAGACGACGGCAUGGAUGUCGAUGAGCCUUCCUCCAGCAGCAAAAGGACAAGCAAAACAAAACAGGAAGACGAAUUUGUUGAACCUGAACCUGGUUGGACCACCGUAAGAAGCAAAAGGAAAUAGUAUUAAGAUAUGGAUGCCAAUAAAUCUCUCUAACUCGGAAA